AUGGCCCUCAAUCUGCUCAAAGCUUCGGCCAGUCGGCUGAAUGCAGAAAGGACUCUCUUCAUCCUCUCGCAACGCCUCCUCGCCUCGAAAGGCAACUCCCCCAAGGGCGAGCUGCUGGUGCGCGAGGACACCGACCUGGCGAUCGCCGACGCGGACACCGCCGAGCGGCGCAGUCACCUGCAGAAGCUGCGCACCACGGCGAUCACCGUCGACCAGCCGAACCUCCUCUCGGUGGUCUCCGGCGUGCCCGAGGAGCACAUCGUCAACCGGCGCGUCCGCAUCUACAAGCAGGCGAAGAACGCCAUGCAGUCGGGCACCUAUGACACGCAGAAGUGGAAGCUCGACUACGAGAACCGGGAGCGGUGGGAGAACCCGCUCAUGGGCUGGACCUCAACCGGUGACCCCCUCUCCAACCUGAACCUGUACUUCAGCAGCAAGGAGGACGCCAUCGAGUACUGCGAACGCCACGGCCUCACCUACCAGGUGGACGAGCCGCAGGAGCGCAAGAAGCUGCACAAGCUCUACGCGGACAACUUCUCCUGGAGCAAGCGAACGCGCGUCGGCUCCAAGUAG